GAAACAACACUUGACGCAUGCGCCCUUUAAAUCUACGUCAGCUCUGGGUUUUCUUCUCCGCAGCGUAAAGGCGACGUGUCCUCUUUUCUUCUGACUUCUCGUCGACUCCCCGUCGAAAAAAAGAUUGAACAUCAUGGAUCAGGUUAUGCAGUUUGUUGAACCCAGCCGGCAAUUCGUCAAAGACUCUAUAAGGCUGGUGAAAAGGUGCACAAAACCCGACCGAAAAGAAUUCCAGAAGAUUGCAAUGGCCACGGCGAUCGGGUUUGCCAUCAUGGGCUUCAUUGGUUUCUUUGUCAAGCUCAUCCACAUCCCCAUCAACAACAUCAUUGUUGGUGGUUAAAUCCUGGACAAGUAAAGACGUGAUUCGGUUUCUAUGGCAAAAGGACAAGUGUGACGGCAUUUUUACAUUCUGAGCUCAACAUUUCUAUUUUGAUGUGUAAAUAAAUCAGUUGAAGCCAAA